AGUGUUAUUGCAGGGAAAUUCGAAGGAUGCUUAGCGUCGUAAUUGUGUCUGGCUUAGUUACCGAGCUACAGAAACCAUCACCAGGAUUCGAAACCCAGAACAUAUUUUCGUUAUUUACUUUGUUUUCUGUAAACUACUAGCGUUUUAAUCCCGUUUGUUUUAGAGAGACGUAAUAAUUUUCAUCAGUACUUUCAGUGUUGAAGAUCUACCCAAUACCUCAGACAUAUUCUGUUACUAUGGUUGACAAAUGUAUAGAGUGUCAUUAAAAUAAUGGUUAGGAAAGUGGACUUAUGUCUCGAAAAGGAAAGUUUGCAUAUAAAAGCUUUGCUGAGGGAUCCCUCUAAACUACCAGAACACCUGCGAAGUAACAUUGAAAUAAUACAAGGAGAUGUAACAAAUAUCACAGAUGUACAACAAACUGUGGAAGGACAAGAUGCUGUUAUAGUUACGUUGGGUACCCGCAAUGAUCUGAGUCCUACCACAGUUUUAUCAGAGGGUAUGAAAAACAUUAUAGCAGCCAUGAAGAAGAAUGGAAUAGAAUGUGUUUCAGUCUGUUUAUCAGCAUUCUUGUUCUAUGCACCGGAGAAAGUCCCAACAAGAUUCUCUGAUUUAAAUGCAGAUCACCAACGCAUGCUGGACUAUCUUAAGGCCAGUGGUUUGAAAUGGAUUGCUAUUCUGCCUCCACAUUUAACAGAUAAUCUACAUGGGGACUACACAGUGAGCCAUGGUUCCUCACCAGGAAGGGCGAUUGCCAAAUGCGAUCUUGCUGCUUUCAUGUUGGACAGCCUUUCUGACCCAGCCCAACACAACCAGUUGUGUGGCAUUGCAACUAAUGUUAACGCAUAAAGCUUUUGAUAAAUUGGAUUUUGUAAGGGAAUGAUGUUGAACACAACGUUAAGAAAAUCGUGGUAAUCAAGGCUGAGACAUUUCUUCAGAGGUCAUCUAUUUCAACAGAAAAGGGGUUGCUUGGUUGGUAAAAUGAGGCCUUCUUUC